CGGGGCCGGGGCCGGGGCCGCCGGCACGAUGGUGUUCGAGUCACUGGUCGUGGACGUCCUGAACCGCUUCCUCGGUGACUACGUGGUGAACCUGGACAGCUCCCAGCUGAAGCUGGGCAUCUGGGGAGGAGCUGUAGCACUGAAGAAUCUUGAAAUAAAAGAAAAUGCACUGAGUCAGCUCGAUGUGCCAUUUAAAGUUAAAGCUGGACAUAUUGGUCAACUUAACCUACAGAUUCCAUGGCAAAACCUUUAUACUCAACCUGUUGAGGCAGUUCUUGAUGGAGUUUAUUUGCUUAUUGUGCCCACAGCCAGCAUAAAAUACGAUGCUGAAAAAGAAGCCAGACAGCUUUUGGAAGCAAGGCAAAGGGAAUUGCAAAGGAUAGAGGAAGCAAAGCAGAAAAUAGCUGACCAAGAUAAAGUAAAAGAAGAGAAACAAGACACUUUUGUAGAAAAACUAGUCACUCAGGUCAUCAAAAAUCUUCAGGUGAAAAUUUCCAACAUCCAUGUUCGUUAUGAAGAUGAUAUCACAAAUCGAAAUAAUCCCUUGUCAUUUGGGAUUUCACUUCAGAAUCUAAGCUUGCAGACCUCAGAUAAGAAUUGGAAUCCAUGUUUACAUGAUGAAACUGCCAAGUUGUUCUACAAGCUUGUACGACUGGAUAACCUUUUUGCUUACUGGAAUGUGAAAUCGGAGAUGUUCUAUCAUGGUGGUUAUGAUGAAUCAUUGGUUAACUUGAAACAGGGAGUUGCCUGCCACAAUGUGAUUCCAGAGGGUUAUGAUUUUGUAUUCCGUCCAAUUUCAGCUAAAGCCAAACUCCUUAUGAAUCCUCGAUCUGAUGUUGAUUUCUCAUCUCCGAAAAUGGAUUUAGAUGUAAAGUUAGAGGACAUAGCUGUUGAAUUCAAUAAACCACAGUAUUUCAGUGUUAUGGAGCUUCUUGAGUCUGUUGAUAUGAUGACUCGAAAUCUGCCGUAUAGGAAGUACAGACCUGAUGUUCCAUUGCACAACAAUGCCAAGAUGUGGUGGAAGUAUGUUAUUUACGGCAUCCUUGAAGUAAAUGUUCAGCCUAAACUCCAAAUGUGGUCAUGGGAACAUAUUCGGCACCAUAGAAAACAAGUGAAGAACUAUAAGGAGAUGUAUAAAACGAAGAUAACAUCAAAAAAGCCUAAUGAAGAAAUCUUAAAAUUUUUGGAGGAAUUUGAAAAGACCUUGGAUAUUUUUAACAUCACUCUAGCAAGGCAACAAGCAGAAGUUGAGGCAACUAAAGCUGGAUUAAAAAUAUACAGACCAGGAGUAAAACAAGAAGAUGAAAAUUCUGGUGGCUGGUUUAGUUGGAUAUGGGGCUGGUCAGGUGAAAAAAAAGAGGAACAGAAACAAGAAGUAAAGGGUUCAAGUCUUGAAGAGCUGAUGACACUUGAAGAGAAAGCUAAACUUUAUGCAGCAAUUGGAUACAGUGAAACAGCUGUGGAUCCAACACUUCCAAAAUCAUAUGAAGCCAUGAAGUUGUCUGUGAAACUAUUAAGCAUGUCUAUUUCAAUAAGAGAAAACAAACAAACCCCUGAGCUGGUAAAAUUUACAUUAGAUAGCUUGAGUACAGUAUUCACACAACGGCCAGGUGCACAAGCAAUAAGAUUUGAAACAAAAGUAACCUCACUUGAAGUUAUGGGUAUGUCCCGAGAAAACUGUACACCCUGUCUGCUAUCUUCUCGAACAGUCUACUCGGACAAUAGUACCUCACUCUUAAGCAUAACAUUUGAGACUAAUCCUUUGGAUGAGAAGGCAGAUCAAAGGCUUAGAAUUGAAUCACAGCCACUGGAAAUAAUAUAUGAUGCAAGAACAAUAAAUAGCGUAGUAGAUUUCUUCAGGCCUCCAAAAAAUGUACAUUUAGAGCAAUUGACAUCUGCAACUCUGAUGAAGCUUGAAGAAUUUCGUGAGAAAACAUCAACAGGUUUGUUGUAUAUUAUCGAAACCCAGAAAGUUCUUGACCUCAAAAUUAACCUCAUGGCUUCAUACAUAAUUGUUCCACAAAAGGGAUUCUAUGACAGUACAUCAAAUCUACUCCUUUUGGAUCUUGGUAGUCUUAAGAUGAAAAGCAAAAGUCGUUCUGAUUUAUCGGAACUUAAAGUAGGACAAAGCACUAUUGAAGAUAUAAUGUCAAGAGCUUAUGACAGUUUUGAUAUCCAGCUCACCAGUAUACAGUUACUCUACAGCAAACAUGAUGAAAACUGGCAAGAGGCUCGUAAGCUGAAAUACUCAUCUCAACAUAUCUUGCAGCCUUUGGAUGUGAAAGUGGAAUUUAGCAGAGCUAUGGUUGUCACAGAUGCAAGAAUGCCCAAGAUUGCAAAGAAUGUGAAGAUCAUGAAUACCAGUUGUUCUUCAGGUACCCUGUCCUCAGAGCUGGUAAAUAGGAAAGGGGAACAGCGUGAAGCCCUCAUAACUUGCGAGGAAAUGGUUAGCGACCUGCUAAACUACUUAGACGUAUGCAAGUCUUUGGGGCUGGAUGGGAUACAACCAAAGAGAGACAAGAGCGUCAUGGUGGACAGGGCAAAUGCUUUGCACAAGUCCAGGUGGAUGGUGUCAGUUGAUCUACCCCUGUCCACCAAAGCUGUAACUGAGGCUGCGAUAUCCCCUGUACUCUCAGUGCCACAUUUAUCACAAGGCGUGCUUCCUGUGUUGGAUCUUCAUUCAUUUGCAGAGUCAGAAUCAGAAGAAGAAUUUUAUGAUGCUCUAAGCAGUCCUGUGGAAGACAUGACAUUUUUUGAAGCCCCAUCUGGUUCCCUCACACGAGCCAGCAGUAUAAAGCGAAAAAAACUACGUAAACAAGAAUCUUUGAAAAAUAUGACUGAGUUUCAGCUGAGGUUUGAAGUAGCUGAGGUCUUAAUAAAAUUAUGCCGCCUUACUGGUAAUACUGAGACACCUGUGCUGCAGCUUGAGGUUGUAGGGUUAGGCACUGAACUUAAAUUAAGAACGUUUGACAUGACGGCAAAUGCUUUCCUGCAUGAAGUUUGUCUGCUGUGCCCAGAGUAUAUGGAUGAUAAUGGCAAACCAGUUUACAUAAUUACUACUCUGGAUAACGUAGAAGAUGAUCUUCUCACUUUGGAGUAUAUAAAGGCUGAUAUUAAUGGACCAGAACUGAAGACUGCGUAUCAGAACGUUCUACAGAAGAUGAAGGUGAACUUUUCUUCUCUUGAUGUUCAUCUGCAUACUGAAACUCUCCUGAAUGCCAUGAACUAUCUAAACAAUCUCAUACCCAAACAAGAAACUAAAGUUGCAGAAGAACCUGUUCAUGACAAAAUUGAGGAGAAGAAGGAUGUUCUUAAGAAAUUAACAUCAAAAAAAUCAAAGUAUGAAGAUGUUAUCGACCUCAAUAUCUGUGCGGAUUUAUCCUGUUUACGUGUCUUUAUUAGAGAGAAAAAACAAAGAAUAGCUGAAAUUCACAUUGAAGGUCUGGAUAGCCAAGUGAUCAUGAAAAAAACAGCUACGGAAGUGACUGCAAAAUUAAAGAACAUAAUUAUCAUGGAUUCUGAUGAGAUGGCAUUGUAUAAAAAGGCUCUUUACAUCACAGGAAAAGAAGUCUUCAACUUCAAAGUGAUUUCUUAUGUGAAUGCUACAGAUGGAAUUGCAUAUACAGAUAUGAAUGUUGUUGACAAUAGUAUUAGCCUAACAGUUGGGUGUAUUCAAGUAGUUUUUGUCAACAAGUUUGUUUCUUCUGUUUUGGCUUUUAUAAAUAACUUUCAAGCUGCCAAAGAAGCUCUUACUGAGGCAACCGUUCAAGCAGCAGAGAAAGCAGCUACAGGUGUAAAAGAGCUAGCAGAGCGUAGUUCUCGCUUGGCACUAGAUAUAAAUAUCAAAGCACCUGUUGUGAUAGUUCCACAAUCAGCAGUGUCUGCGAAUGUCCUGGUGGCUGAUCUUGGUCUCAUUACUGUAAAAAACCAAUUCUUUAUUGCUAAAUCAAAAGCUUGGUACAAUCUCCCACCUGUUGUUGACUCUAUGACAGUGAAUUUGAGCGAACUGAAAUUAUACAGAUCAUACUAUGAGCAGGAUUCAUUGCAAAGUGAAAUACAGCUGCUGCAACCACUCAAUCUGGAAGUAGUUGUUGAACGAAAUUUAGCUGCUGCAUGGUACAAUGAAGUUCCUGAUAUUGAAAUAUCUGGACGACUCAAGCCUAUGAAUCUAAUUCUCAGUCAGGAAGACAUUACAACAAUAUUGAGGACACUAAAUGAAAAUAUAUGUGGAAGCUCAGAUGCAUCAGCACCUUUACCAGAACCAAAAGAUACAACUAGCCAUUGUAGUGAUAUCCACAGUACUUCACAGCAAUCUGCAGGUGUAACAGUUGUGACAUCAGCUGUAGUAGAAUUGCACUCACCUGUAAAAAUAAAAACAACACUAAAACUGGAUUUCAGAUUCGACUCCCUGACUUUGGUGCUGUAUAGUCCAAACUCAAAACAGGUUACAAAUUUGGAUCAGAGAGAUGACCUGUUGAAGCUUGCAGAGUUUAAGUUAGUUUUAAUGUCAGCUGCAGUCAAAAUGUUAUCAGAUGGUUCAAUGAAUGCUUCAGUCAAGCUAGCUAACUGUACAUUAGAUGAUAAAAGACAGUCAAUCCAGAAGGCUACACCAAGGAUGGUGGAAAUGAAGCAUGGAUUUGAAAAGAAAGUUAUGGUGGAUAUAAGCUAUAAGCAGGGGAGAGAUGGCACUGUUUUUGACAUGAUUGUUCAAGAGAUAUACCUUUGUGCAAGCAUGGAAUUUCUACUUACUGUUGCAGAUAUAUUCCUAAAGGCUAAUGCAGAAAGUGCUGCUGCACAGAGAAAUCUCAAGCAGUCAUUACCUUUAAAAGAGCAAGCACCUGUGCAGCCUGUAUCUACAAUGGAAAUGAACAUUGUUGUUAAAAAUCCAGAGAUUGUGUUUGUGGCUGAUUUAACAAGAAGUGAUGCUCCUGCAUUGGUGGUUACAACACAGUGUGAAGUCUUCAUUAAAAAUAGCCCUGAAAGGUAUAGCAUGACAGCUGCUGUUAAAGAGAUACAGGUGAAAGCAUGUCCAUUUCUUCCGGAAAAAAGGAAAGGGAACGUUACUACGGUACUACAGCCUUGUGACUUCUUCUUUGAGAUGAAACAAUCAGGUACAAAUCCACAGUCAGCUGAUCUAAUGAUUAAAUCUCUGACAGUAAAGGUUUCACCAAUAAUCAUAAAUACAGUAAUCACUAUUACCUCCGCCCUUUAUCGAACUGCAGAAACAACAGAAGAAGAGAUUAGUCAAAUUCCUCCAGACUUGUGGAAUAUGAAAGAUGUAAAAAAUCUGAAAAUGUGGUUUCUUGAAGAGUCAAAUGAAAAUGAAGACACAAGUCUAACCUCUGAACUGGUUCCCACCGGAGAGUCAUUGAAAAUGAGUGUAGAAUCUGUUGUUCUAACACUUGAAGCUGGUGUUGGCCACCGAACUGUACCAAUGCUCUUAGCCAAAUCCUCAUUUCUCGGAGAAGUCAAAAACUGGAGUACACUUAUCAACCUACAUUCUCGGCUUGAGCUAGAGGUACAUUAUUUUAAUGAGAUGUUCGGGGUGUGGGAACCAUUACUUGAACCACUAGAAAUUGAGAAGACUGAUUUAUUCAAACCUUGGAUUCUAGAAAUCAAGAUGAAGAAGAAGCCUAAAAAAGCAUUGGUUGAAUCGGAUGCAGAAGAAAACUACAAAGUUCCAGAACAUAAAACAGUAAUAAAUGUUUCCUCAAAAGACCAGCUGAAUAUUACACUAUCCAAAUGUGGCCUACAAAUGUUGAGUAACUUGGGCACGGCAUUUGCUGAAGCAGCAAGUCAAACUUCAGACAUCUUCAAAAAAGACCGAGCACCAUUUGUACUAAUAAAUUCUUUAGGACUUCCCAUCACUGUCUCACCCAGUGAUUCCUUUAGUGUCCUCAAUGUUGAAUUUGGAGCUAAAAUAUUUCAUUUAAUAGAUGGAGAGAAUUUAAAUAUGGAAUAUGUCAGAACUAAAAAUGAGAGUGACCAGUUCACCGCAAUGACCACUCUGAGUAGCAAAAGGUUUUACAUUCAAAUCUGUCCACAUAAUCAUUCCGCUGUGGAGAAGAUUCCAUUAACAAAAGUGGGUCGAUGUAUUUACAGAGUAAGGCAUGAGGAAUCAGGUGUUGAAAGGUCCAUUGUCUGCCAAAUUGAUACUGUUGAAGGAAGCAAGAUAAUAACUAUACGUUCUCCUAUCCAGAUAAGGAAUCAUUUUUCAAUCCCGUUCAAUAUUUUUGAGGAAGGAAGAUGUUUAGGGACUGCAUCACCAGAAAAUGAAUUCAACAUACCGUUGUCCUCAUACAGAUCCGUACUGAGUUUGCAACCAAUAGCCAAUGAAAGUGGAGUGGAUGGAGAAUAUGAUAUGUGUGAAGGAAUUACAUUUGAUGAAAUUAUGAAAAAUGUUGACAGCUUAUUACAAAGGAAAUGCCAGUCUGUGAGGUCAACUAACCACUCCUUUAUCAUCAAUAUUGUUAUAGUAAAAGACACGUUGACAUCUACUUUAUGUGCAGAUGAUCAAUGGGAUUUUCCAUAUGUUGUUCAUUUAUGGCCUUCUGUUCUUCUCCGCAAUCUCCUUCCAUAUCACAUUAUUUACUCUGUAGAGGGAAAUGGGAACAAAUAUGACACUCUGGAAGAUGGAUGUUCAGCCCAGAUUCAUAAUGCAGUAUUGGAUCAAACAAAACUAGAUUUACAGUUGCUGAACUAUCUAGAUCAAAACUGGAAAAGUGAGUACCAUAUAAAAAGUAAUCUACCAGAAAUCAGCUUCACAACAUUCUACUGCAUCACGGAGCUGGAUAAGACUGAACUGGAUAUUGCUGUCCACGUGACCUACACAACUGGGCAGAUGGUUAUAGCAAUUCACAGUCCAUACUGGAUGGUAAAUAAAACUGGUCGAAUGUUGCAGUACAAAGCUGAUGGUAUCCACCGCAAGCAUCCUCCGGAUUACAAAAAGCCGCUACUUUUUUCUUUCCAGCCCAAAAACUUCCUCCAAAAUAACAAGGUGCAGCUUAUGGUAACUGAUAGUGAACUGUCAGAUCAGUUUUCACUGGACACUGUUGGAAGUCAUGGUUCUGUGAAAUGCAAGAGUCAUAAAAAGGAGUAUCAAGUUGGUGUCACCAUAAACAACAGCAGUUUUAAUAUUACUAGAAUUGUGACUUUCACUCCAUUUUUUAUGAUCUCAAAUAGAAGCAAAUACACUUUGGAAGUAGCUGAAGAAGGCAAAGAAAAGUGGAUACCCAUUGUUUUGCAACAGUGUAUUCCCUUUUGGCCUGAAAGUGAUGCCAACAAACUGCUUGUUAGAGUUGAAAAUUCGGAUCUGCCUCCAAAGAAGAUAAAUUUUGAUAAGCAAGAAAAUUGUCUCUUACUGCAUUUGGACAACAAGCUUGGAGGAAUUAUAGUGGAUGUUAACCUGACUGAACAUUCUACAGUGAUCACCUUUUCUAAUUACCAUGAUGGUGCAGCACCAUUUCUGUUGAUAAACCAUACUGAAGAAGAAAUUAUUGAGUAUGGACAAAGCUCCCUCAGUCAAUUGGAAGGCUGUCUUCAGCCAAAUAAGGCAGUGUUGUACACUUGGGCAGACCCAGCAGGAUCUAGAAAAUUGACAUGGAAGUGUGGAAAAAUAACUGAGGAAAUCACCCCAAAGGAAGACAAAAUGGAAGUACUCAGCCUGGACUGUAGAAAAGUGGUCUACUUAGCAUCAUUUUUUGAAGGUUUGCAGCGUAUUGUCCUAAUCACUGAAGAUAAGAAUGUUUUUAAACUGGCAUAUGAAAGUAUAAAGGCAGAACUAGCAGAACAAGAAAUCAUUCUGUCUUUACAAGAUGUCGGAAUUUCAUUGGUUAACAAUUAUACAAAGCAGGAGGUGUCCUACAUUGGAAUUACAAGUUCUGAUGUGGUAUGGGAGACAAAACCUGAGAAGAAAUCAAGAUGGAGACCAAUGAGUGUUAAGCAAACUGAUAAAUUAGAACAAGAAUUUAAAGAUUACAGUGAGCUAACUCCUUCAGAAAAUAAGAUUAUUGAGUUGGAAUCCAAUGUCUUGGUGUGUUUAACUCCUAAUGGAUGUAACAUGAAAAUUCAACAACCCAAUGAGAUUCCUAUUAGACGGAAUUACCUGCCAGCUUUGAAAGUAGAGUACAGUUCAUCAGCACAUCAGAAGUCUUUCAGAAUUCAAGUUUACAGGAUACAGAUACAAAACCAGAUUCCUGGAGCCAUAUUUCCCUUUGUGUUCUAUCCUAUUAAACCUCCAAAGUCCAUCACCUUGGAUUCAGCACCAAAACCAUUUACCGAUGUCAGUAUUGUUAUGAGAACUGCAGGACAUUCACAAAUAUCUCAUAUUAAGUACUUCAAGGUCCUGAUUCAAGAGAUGGAUCUCAGAUUAGAUCUUGGUUUCCUCUAUGCACUGGUUGAAUUCUUUACACAGACGGAUGUACCAAAUGGCCAACAGCUAGAACUUUUCAAAAAGGAUGUGGAGUCUCUUCAAGAAGAAUUGAUGAGUGUGUCAUCAAUGGAUACAUCACAAAUCAGCUUGUACGAGUACUUCCAUAUCUCUUCAAUUAAGUUACACUUAAGCUUUUCACUCAGUACGGGUGGUGAAGAUAGUAACAAAGAAGAAAGAAAGAACGAAUUGAUACCACUUCAAUCCUUGAAUCUCCUUCUGAAGAGUAUAGGUGCGACCCUCACAGAUGUACAAGAUGUCGUCUUUAAGUUGGCAUUCUUUGAACUCAAUUAUCACUUCUGUACUACACAACAGCUCCAAUCAGCAGUACUAAGGCAUUAUUCAAAACAGGCUAUUAAGCAGAUGUAUGUGCUUAUUCUUGGCCUUGAUGUCUUGGGUAAUCCAUUUGGAUUCAUAAGAGACUUAUCUGAAGGAGUAGAAGCAUUCUUCUAUGAACCUUAUCAGGGAGCCAUCCAGGGUCCUGAAGAAUUUGUAGAAGGAAUGGCACUAGGACUAAAAGCUCUAGUAGGGGGAGCUGUUGGUGGAUUAGCUGGUGCUGCUUCAAGAAUCACUGGUGCUAUGGCAAAAGGAGUAGCUGCAAUAACUAUGGAUGAGGAUUAUCAGCAGAAAAGGAGAGAAGCCAUGAAUAAACAGCCCACUGGUCUGAGAGAGGGUAUCACUCGUGGAGGAAAAGGAUUAGUUUCUGGUUUCGUCAGUGGCAUAACAGGAAUAGUUACAAAACCAAUAAGAGGAGCUCAGAAAGAAGGAGCAGCUGGUUUUUUCAAAGGUGUUGGAAAAGGCUUAGUGGGAGCAGUAGCUAGACCUACUGGAGGAAUCAUAGACAUGGCAAGCAGCACGUUUCAAGGUAUCAAAAAAGUUGCAGAUUCAUCAGAAGAUGUGGUAAGCCUGCGCCCACCUCGCUUCUUUGGUGAAGAUGGAGUUAUUAGACCUUACAGAUUAAGAGAUGGAACCGGAAGUCAAAUGUUACAGAAAAUUGAAAAUGGAAGAUUUGCAAAACUCAGAUAUAUUGCACAUGCUAUGGUCAACAGUACAGAUCUGUUAAUGGUGACAAAGAGUGGUGUCUUAUUUGUGACAAAAGGAACAUUUGGACAGUUGACAUGUGAAUGGCAAUACACUUAUGAUGAAUUUACUAAAGAACCAUUCAUUGUUGAUGGCAGAAGAUUACGUAUUGAAGCAAAGGAACGAGUAAAGUCUGUGUUCCAUGCCAAAGAAUUUGGAAAAAUUAUUAAUUUUAAAAGUCCAGAGGAUGCUAAGUGGAUCCUUUCUAAACUGGAAGAAGUGAGAGAGAAUCAGCCAAAAUCAUAAUGAAUUUAGAAGCAUCAAGAUAAGAAGAACACUGAACAGCUAACUUCUAGUUUCCUUUGUACUAUAUGCAUAGUAACAACAAAAUUCAAAAACAAAAAAGGGUGGGGAGUGCGGGGGUGGACUGAUGAAAUUAUUUGUGGUCACACCAGUGAACGGAUACAUCACAAAAGUAGCUGCUAUUAAGUUUAAAGAAAAAACUCCAGUGAUCAAAAAUUUUUGCCAAGUUUCAGCUUCUUGGAUUUUUUUUUUACUUAACAGAUUUCAUUUUAUUUAAAAACAUUUUUUUUCACAAUACAGUUUUAAAUGAUUUUUUUACCAUUACAUUUGGCACUGAAGCUGAAUUCUGAAAUAAUUCUUUUGGUACUAUUCAGAGCAAAUCUUUUGGCUUUGAUUCUGAAAAUCAAUAUUCAGUUUCUGUCUUCAUUUUCUUAAGACUUGAGGCUAUGUUGAAGUUCAAGUUUCUUUUGAAGGAAAUGUUAACUUAAUCAUCACUAGUCUUACAACUCAAAUUCUAAGAAGGUGUCUGUUCACCAGAAAAGCCUAAUUUAGAUGAUCACAGGAGGGGCUGCAUAGUUACCAAAUAUUAUUUUCUUUUUGUAAAUGAAUAGACCAGGUCACAAUGAAUUUGCAUUACAAUAUCACUUUUAGUGUAAACUUUUUUAUAUCCUACUCAAGGAAAUGUUGCAGCACCUUUAUCAUUAUUCAAAGAAAAUAUAACAGUUUACAAAUACUUAUAAUGGGGAUAAUUAAUAUAUGUCUGCACUAGAAAUAUGAAUUAAAGCUUAUCAUUCUAAAUAAAAAUUAUUAACAGAUUUGCAACUGAAGAAUGAAGUUUUGAGGUUAUAAGGACACUGUUGCGUACCAAAUAUAUGCCUUGGAUAUUGUGUGCUAAGCAAGUGGCAAAUAAAGUCAGUUUUAUAUCAAAUAAUAAAUACAAUAUUUCACAGU